AUGUACCACGGCCUGUGUCCAUUUUGCCCCGUACCGUCCGACAUUUCGAGAUCGUCGUCAUCCUUGACCAGCCCCAGCCAAUACCGGAUCAUCUCUUCGUCUCCCAAGGGCGAUGCCGAGCUCGCCUGGCUGAAGUUCGCGAACCUAACACCGGUCAAUUUCUCUGCGGACAGCUUACAGAAUAUCAUACCGGUGUGCGGGGACCACGAGGAAAUGCUGUUGCAGGGACGCAUCAUUCUCUGUCCACCCAUUCGCGACCUCCAGAAGUUGCUCAUAUGGGAGAAGAACGACUGGAGCCGUCGAUUGCGUGAACAGUACGAGGAUCGCACACCUAGCGCGAGAGUAACCACUCCGGUGGAGGAGCUCAGCGGCAAUCUGAGUUGCCUUUGGAUCACCUCCGAUCCCGUUCUCUUUAACGAGCUCGCCGACUUCAGCAUCGAAUGUACGUGGUACACCGCAUCGGAAGAUACACCCCAUCCGGCCUUUCCACAGCACGUUCACUACCUCAAAGAAUGGCAACCUUCAUGGACUCCUCGGAAGCAGGCCUCAAAACGCGCCGUUCGAUGGAGCGCACCGUGCUUAGACGAGCUCAUCCCCAAGGACGACCGCCGUACUACAGACGAACCGCUGCCGCUGUUCGACAUGGAGUUCACCUUCAAUCGCGGGCAGGUGCGCGUGAAUCCGUUUGCCACCAUCGUCUGGGCGCUGGAGAUGCUCGGGGGUGCAUACUCGCCUCCAUUUUUGUUCUACACGGAAGGUACAGACACGGGCAGCUGCACGGAGCAGGUGCCGGUGGGAAAUCCGACCGAGAUUUACCGGAGGCUCCUGCGCGAGCUUCGGGAUCUGUACUCAAGAACAGACGAGGAUUUGCAGAGGGAGCGUCGUGUGAGGGCAGAGGUCGCAGAAAUCUGUGCGCACGCGGAAUGA